UGAUGAUGACGUAUCUCCGAACAGUCAACAGACACACAUACCCAGUCGGUCCGGACUGUAGCUUCAACGGGGCCAAUAUUUUCUCUUUUUCUGCUUGUCUGUGCGUUUUGGCGAUGUGAAAAGCAUCGUUCCAUCAAGGCGGCCGGUAUAGAGUGUUUAAACGGAGUAAACGAGUCCGUUCGUGGCGGUUUUUGGGGAUGAGCGUGCGCUCCGGACUGUGACGCCUGUGUUUAUUCGUGUUCACUGCGACACAGAAAGUGACAGUGCAGGAUUCCUCGUCUUGACAGCUUAAAAACACGACUGGAGCGUUAAAACAUUUAGAUGAUUGACCUAAGGAGUCCGUUUUAGUACUUUAUUCGUCUUGGUGUAGGACAGCAGGCCAGUCGAGAAAGCCUGGACUUCAUCAGCAUAAUAUUCAUCAUCCCACGGCUUGUUUAUACUUGCUUUAAAUGCAAAGUUAUCAGUGCUUAACUUAUUCUUUAACGCGUUGAGAGGAAAUUAACAGUAUUAAUGGUGCACAGGGACGUUAUAAAUACAAUGUUUGCUUAUAAUGUUGUCAUGAAUUGCAUUUGAGACUUUAAAUGCGGCUAAACCUGAUUCAAUUUGAAUGUGAAAGAUGUUGUAGGUGUUUACCACUUUGAUUAGAGCACAUCAUUUGACAUAUAUACUGAUUUGCCUUUUGCACUAGACCACAGCGAUGCAUUUUAGGUGCAUAAAUAAGACAAGUAUAAAAACAAGCGCUUCUAUGAUGUGAACUUUUAGUUAGUGAUGCACUCACUAAGCAGAUCUUGAACGGUUUUCUCUGGAAUUGAACUGCAUUGUAGGUGUGUGAGGGAACUUCUAUCGUUUUUAGUGUUCGACAGGCAGUGGCGUGCUCCAGCUCCCUGGAAAUGAGAAGAUGAAUUGCGAGGGUCAAGCUGGAGAUUUUUGCAAUGCUAUAGAUUUGUGCAAUGUCCCUGACAACACUACAUCACCAGAGAUCCUUCCCCGUGACACGUUGGAUGGAGACCAAGGGGAACGGGACGCUGCCGUCCUGGCCAGGUUAAAAGACAUCCAUUUAAAGGAUGAUGCUUCCACAGAGCUCAAAGCACCGCAUAGUAAAAACAAUGGAUCCAUUGCAGUAUCCGCAGAGCCCUUUAAUGGUUCUGCGGGUGACCUCCAACAGAGUUUAAGCCAGUUUGAGGAACCGCCGGUGAUCAACUGUUCUGUUGGAGAUGGUGGUGAUGAUGGGGAGAUGGAUAUUGGAGUCGAUUUAAGUCUCGACGAAAAUGGCGUUUUAGAGGUCGAACCAGCGGCCAACACUCAACCCGAGGAAAGUGCCUCUAGUGUCAACUCUCAAAUAUCCGUCAUAGAACUGCAUUCGCAGGAACGUAGGGACGACAACGCGCCAGUCUCGGCUACAACACCGGACGACGGAGUUGGGAUUAAGCACGGGUCAAAGAGAGUGACCUUUCCAUCAGACGAGGACAUCGUCUCUGGUGCCGUUGAGCCGAAGGACCCUUGGAGACACGCCCAGAAUGUGACGGUGGAGGAGAUUCUCAAUGCCUACAGACAAGCAUGCCAGAAGCUCAACUGCAAACCAAUCCCAAAAGUGCUCAAACAGAUACAGACAUCUUUAUACUGCAAAGGUGGAACAGAAGCUGCAUCUGACAUGGACUUAAAAGACCUGACGCAGCGAAACGAGUGCCUAGAUCUCAAAGGAGAGAAGCUGGACUAUAAAUCAUGUGAAUCUCUGGAGGAAAUCUUUAAGCGGGUGCAGUUUAAAGUAGUAGAUCUGGAGCAGACCAACUUGGACGAAGACGGCGCAUCAGCUUUGUUCGAUAUGAUCGAGUACUAUGAAUCCGCCACUCAUCUCAACAUCUCCAGCAACAAGCACAUCGGCACCCGCGGGUGGCAGGCCGCCGCACACAUGAUGAGGAAGACGAGCUCUCUGCAGUACCUGGACGCCCGUAACACUCCUCUGUUGGACCAUUCGGCCCCGUUCGUGGCCCGAGCGCUGCGGAUCAGCGGCAGCCUGGCGGUCCUGCACCUGGAGAACGCCGGCAUCUCAGGGCGACCGCUAAUGCUGCUGGCCACGGCACUGAAGAUGAACAUGAACCUCAGAGAGCUGUAUUUGGCUGACAAUAAGUUGAACGGUCUGCAGGAUUCAGCUCAGUUGGGGAACCUGCUGAAGUUCAACUACAACAUCCAGAUCCUGGAUCUGAGAAACAAUCACAUCCUAGACUCAGGCUUGGCGUAUAUAUGUGAGGGUCUCAAGGAGCAGAGGAAGGGUUUGGUCACACUGGUGCUCUGGAACAACCAGCUCACACACAAUGGCAUGGGCUACCUGACCGCCGCGUUGCCGUACACUCAAAGCUUGGAAACACUGAACCUGGGCCAUAAUGCAGUAGGGAACGAAGGAGUGCACAAACUGAAAGACGGACUCGUAGCAAACCGGUCCAUCCUCAGGCUGGGUCUGGCCUCCACCAAACUCUCCUGCGAAGGAGCUGUCGCUAUAGCGGAGUUCAUCGCGGAGAGUCCGAGGCUCCUCCGGUUAGACAUGCGGGAGAACGAAAUCAAGACCGGCGGCCUCAUGGCUCUCUCCCUCGCCUUUAAAGUCAACACAUCUCUGCUCCGACUCGACCUGGACCGAGAGCCCAAGAAAGAGACGGUGAAGAGUUUCAUUGAGACACAGCGCGCCCUGCUGGCAGACAUUCAGAAUGGCUGCAAGAGGAACUUCAUCUUGGCCAAAGAGAAGGAAGAAACAGAACAGAAGAUGAGACAGUCCGCUUCAAUGCCAGAAAUCACCACAGAGGAACAAGCUCAGGAGGAUGAGGAAGAUGCAUCGGCUGAGAAAAGCGAGGAAGAAAAUGUGGCUGUGCAGAAAAACUCAACCGAGGAGGGAAAUGAAGAGGACGUAUCCGAGAACCAAGAAGUCAAAGAUCAAGAAACGACACCGCAAGACGACUCCGACUCGGACACUGAGGAUGAGGAGAUAGUAGAGGCAUCGGAUGCUUCAACACAGAGCACAUCUCCAAUACCGGUUCCUGCAAUAAACACAUGUAAGGUCGUGCCCUUGGCGCCGCCUCUACCAGGAUCUCCAGCCCUCAUUUCGGGAAUUAAAGUAACAGAAGCCAAUGUUUCCUCCGGAGCCCCAUCAUCUCCUGGACGCCUUUUCUCUGUGUCUAGUCCUGGCAGAGGACACAAAAUCUUUAUGGUAACGCGUGUUGAAAGCCCUCCUGAGCAGCAACAGGUGACCGCAUUGCCAAAAUGUGUCCUCGAGAGGGCGGUAGAGAGCCAAAUAUCAUCUGAAACACCCACACAAAUCCAUAUAAAAGCACCUUUAGAUGCACCUUCACAAGCGCCUGAGCAGAAACCGACUCAACUAGCAGAGCCUGAGCUCAGUACGUUAACAUCACACGCGCCCGCCGACGUACUCGACACGCCAACGUCUGAGCUUACAACUCAUUCUGAUGAAGUUCAGCAGGAACUUGCUACGCCAUUUGAAAGCCAAGUUAGACUCGAUCAGACUCACUUAGACUCGCAGGAGUUACCAGUGACAAAAACAUCACAAGAGACCAGUGAGGAGGACCAGACGUGCUGCUCUCACACUGAACAGAUCCAGGAAUCAAGUCCCACCCAAAGAGAGCCAUCUGGAGACGGGACGCCAAACCCUGAAGAACUGCAAUCCAGUGAGCAGCGGGAGGUCACGGAGGUCUCCAGUGCACAAGAGGGAUCUCCUGAAGAAGAAGGGUGUCCGGUUAUGAGCACGGGAAUAGUGUUGCCCAACGGGCUGAAGCCAGAGUUUGCCUUUCACCUGCUCGAAACAGAGGGACUCAAACCAGCCAGCUGCAUUAUGGAGCAUGUGAGCGUGACUGCAGAGCUGAGCUGCGGGCAGGAUUUAGAGGAGCUUCUCCUUGAUGCCAGUCUGGACACCAGCAGAGAUGCCCCAUAAUGCUGUAACCUAGGGUCCACACGCGUGUAGUGAGAAUCAGAAGAGGCGGUUUGUUCUUGCCACACGGCAUUUGCUCAUAUUCCUCUGGACUCUUUCCGUCUUUCUCGUGUCUUUUCCAUAAACUUUCAAAACAACACAGGGAACUCGCCUUCCCUCAAAUGACCGACCUUUCGUGACAAUUGGCAUUGUAUUCAAAUGACGAAAAGCUCAUCCGUGAUUGGUGAGCGUCCGUAAAGAUGUUCAGUUACCAAAGACACACACGCAGAGAAACCGGCGACCUUCUUCUGUUCAACCACGUCACUGCUCACCGUCGCCCCCUCGUGGACUGGAGGUCGUAAUGACUGACCGGCUGAACACUCUGAGCAAAGACAUUUCAUUGGUUUGAAGCACUCGAGUUUUGUCAUUAUUAUUGUCUCCUUAACACACUAAAAAAAGACUCGUACCAAAGCGACACACACAUCCGCUUGUUCCUGCUCAGGAAUCGGUCACGUCAUCCACUUCUGAUCUCACCAUCAACCAGCACAUCUGAAUAUGAUGAACCGUCGGCUCCUGCCUCGGCCGGAUGAUUGUUGAGCGUUAGCGAGAGAUCCAGAAGAUUCGGGAGGCGAAUGAAUUGUAAAAAAUGUUCGUCUUUCGCUCUCUCUCACACACACAAAUCCACACAAACUCAUUCUGUCUUCCACUGGUGUGUCACGUACUCAUCCGAAGACAGGACUUGCCUUUAACCCUUUUCUCAGCUCUUUGUUCUGGCUGCUUGGCUCAAUCAGUUUGUAUUUAUUUUAAACAACCCGAGUCUGUUGUGUAAUUUCUUCUCUCUCUUUUUUUUAAUCUGUUAUUGUGGGAUUUUCCCCCCUUUUGGUGUAUAUUUUCAGAUUCUAUAAAGAGCAAAUAUUAAGUUUAAAGUUUUUCCUAUUUUGAUUGGUUGGGGUUUGGGAAAGGGGCGGGGCUCUGUUGAUUUAUAUAAUGGGGGUGGAGCUCUGCGAGAUUAUAUGAUGUAAAUCAAGAGUGUGUUUGGGUAUGAAAGCCGCCAUUUACAAAGAGGCAGCACAAGACUUCAUGAAGAAAACACUACACUUGUGUGACGCUGGAGACACUAGAGACUAAACGUUACCUCAGAAGAUUGAGGCUUGACCCGAUAGAUGUAGUACUUGCCACCAUUCCAGGCUCUGCGGUCGGUGCUUUGGGUCCUCUCUGGUUCUCUGCGUGGCCGGUUGAUGUUGACUCAGAGAAACUUGGCCUCUACAUCCAGAUUGUCUUUGACCUUGAGAUCUACACUUCUGUGCGCCCAACCCAAUGUUUGUAAUGCUUUAUUUUUAGUAAUUUUUAAAAUUACCUGUUAAAUUAAUCAAACUGUACUGGUAAACACAAAGAGAUGUGUAUGGCUUUUCCCUCUCAAAUAAAUGCAUGUAAUGACAAAA